AUGAAGAGACAUCGACCUCAGCUCGCUGACUAUACCGUCGGUUGGAUAUGUGCUCUUCCGAUUGAGCUUGCAGCAGCCCAGGAGAUGCUCGACGAUCAACACCCUGAACUCCCCCACGAUUAUCGCGAGGAUACGAAUGUGUAUACUCUUGGCAGAAUAGGCGAUCACAACGUCGUCAUUGUCUGUCUUCCAUCAGGCCAGAUCGGAAACAAUGUUGCUGCUGUCGUCGCAACUGAGAUGAAAGCACGGUUCACCUCAAUCCGUUUUGGUUUGAUGGUUGGAAUUGGCGGGGGCGUUCCAAGUAGUACAGCUGAUAUACGACUUGGAGAUGUUGUCGUCAGUCAACCAGACAAGCAGCAUGGCGGUGUAGUACAAUAUGACUCCGGAAAGUCAACUCCAAGUGGCUUCGAGAGAACAGGAGCUCUGAAUGCUCCCCCUAGAGUCUUGCUGAAUGUCGUUUCCAAGUUCCGAGCUAAUGAGUUCUGUAAGCGAAAUGGGAUUGGAAAGCAUCUAGGCAUACUCACACAAAGGUCGAUGUUUAAUUGCGCUAAUGUUGAGCCUGAUAUCUUGUUUGAGCCAUCCUAUCAGCAUGUCUCUGGUGGGAACUGCGAUAUGUGCAAAUUGCAGUGGCAGAUAAAUCGAGAGCAACGUGUGAGUGACCAACCCAUUGUUCACUUUGGAACAAUUGCGUCUGGAAAUCGAGUCAUGCGAGAUGGCAUAAUGAGAGAUAGUGUCAGUAACGAGCUGGGUGGAGUUUUAUGUUUCGAAAUGGAAGGUGCAGGGCUCAUGAACAAUUUCCCUUGUCUUGUUGUUCGGGGAAUCUGUGACUACUCGGAUUCACAUAAGAAUAAGGCUUGGCAACCCUACGCAGCUGCCACAGCAGCUGCGUGCGCCAAAGAAAUCCUUUUGCUAACUCCUACGUUGGACAAAGGAAUACUAAUGGAUGCAAAGUCAGUCAAAGAAAGGCAGAAGUUAUUUAUCAAUAGCAUGGAUGAUAAGUCAGCAAGUAGGUUUGUCUCGAUGCUAUCACCAGUCAACCAGAGCAGACAAUCUUUGGCGAUACAGCCUGUGGACCCCGACGAUGGAAUGUAUCAUUGGGUGUUCAAGAACAUUGACUUUAGGUAUUGGGAAAAAGGAACCUCAACCAAAGCCCUAUGGGUAUCUGGGUCAGCAGGGCUCAAUUUCAAGGGAAUAUCUCGACAAAUUGCAGAGAUGCAACUACCAAAGACAUCGAAGAAUGACAAGUAUGGCCUUCAUUUCUGCUGCUCCGAGAAGACUGAUUUCGAAUUUUUGGCACACACCUUUAUGCACCGAAUAUUCCAGAAAUCGCCUGCAAGCACUAUCAUAUUAGCAAAGCUCGUUUUCACGAGUCUCAUGGACAGCUACUGGCAGGACAGAGCCAUAGAGCCUCUCGACGUCUCUAACAAGCGUGAAAUUCUUCAGAGUGAUAGUCUUGACGCUGUAUUGACCGAAAUGCUUGGCUUACGAGAAGAUUACAUGGCAAAGGCCUGGGAACCCUCAUUAGUCAUGAACGGCAUAACAUUCAACUUUGAAGCGCCAGAGAUCAGGGUACUUCUAACCGGAGAGAUGCACCACGACAUCAGAAUGACCCUCAGAGGCGUUUCGCUCAUCGAACAUGAUAGAGAAAGGGCAGCAUGUUUAUCAAGUCUUCGCUUUGACAACACGCGUAUGAACAAGAUAUCAACUGAACACAAAGGAUCGUGUGACUGGCUUUGGAAACAGCCGCAAUUCAAAGAGUGGUCAUCUUCGAAGAGUUCAAGACUGUUGCUGGUUGAAGGGAAACCGGGCAGCGGCAAAAGUACACUAACACGGUUUUUUCACAAAGGGGCUUUGGAGCAUCACCCACCGAUCAAAAGCGCUGUCGUUGCCAGCUUCUUCUACAGUUACCGAGAAGGCGAGUUACAGAGAAGUCACAGGAACAUGCUUCGGUCCAUUCUUUACGAUAUAAUAGAUGAAGAUGAGACGUUCUUUUACCACCGGGGUCAGACAGAAUACAGGAAGCAUCAAAAGCUGAAAGCGGACUACCCUGGAGAGUGGGAAUGGGAUUACAACUCACUUCAACAACUCCUAAAAUCGCUCGCGACCCAUCGACAAACGAGGCACAUAUAUCUUAUCAUCGAUGCAGUAGAUGAGUCAGACGAUAAAGACAGACGAAGCAUUCUCACACUGCUGUCAGAGCUCUGCUCAGUUGCUUCUCCAAGUACAGUCAAGGCGUUUGUUGCAAGCCGGCCAAUAGGCGAGCACAAGCUUAAAAAUUGCACAACAUUGAACUUGAUCAGACUUCAAGACGAGACUAAGGAAGCAAUUAGCUUGUACGCUCGUUCAUUCCUCGACGAUCUUGAAAUGACAAAGGUUUAUCGCGAGGCAAUGGAUUAUAUCCUAGAUCACGCCCAGGGGGUCUUUUUAUGGGUGAAGCUUGUCGGCGAAGAAUUAUUGGCCUCACAAGAAAGCGGUUCCUCUCAGGGAGAAGUCUUUGAGCUACUUAGGAGCCUUCCAACUGAACUCGAGGACUAUUAUAAGCAUAUGUUCAUCAAGAUACGGAAGCAGAAGAAGCAAACUCGCGACACCGUCAGGAUGUUCUCUUUCGUGCUCUACUGUCAACGGCCUCUUACCAUCUGUGAAGUUCUUCACGCCCUCAGCGUGGUAGAAAGCACUGGUCAGAAGUUCGUCCCUACCAAUGACUACAUCGAAAAACAUUUGCCAUCUGAGCGACGCAUCUGGUUUUGCGGAGGCAACUUUCUGGAAAUCACGGAUCAGAAUGGAGAAGAAGUUGUGCAAGUCAUGCAUCAGACGGCUCGAGAAUUCCUUCUCAGUCCUGAUGGCAAUGUCGCCAAUUCUGAAUUCAGGAUGUCCGAAAAAGAUGCCCAUUUUCUUAUCUCAAUAACCUGUCUUAGGUACCUCAUGCUCUGCUCGAUAGGGCCAGAGGAGUGUACCCAUUUCCCUGACCUGGAUAGCUGGACGUUACAACAUUAUUUGGCCUUUGCACGAUUCUUGAAUGACAGGCCUUUGGCAGUAUACGCAUUAUCCCAUUUGAGGUACCAUAUGGAUGCUUGCCAACAAAGAGACGAAUUAAGCGAGCAUAUCUUUAGUUUUGUUUCUAAUAUUCGAGACCGAGUCGCAACUUACUUCUUUCAGCACUGGGUUAAACUUGUUCUAGGCUACGAUAUCGUACGUGAAAACGAGCUCCAACCAGCGCAAUACUUUAGAGACCAGAUACUACUGGCUGCUGCUAAGUCUGGGCUCUUGAAUGCCACCAGGAUGCUCUUAUCGUCUGGUGCAAAAGCGAGCGCGAAGCACCACGGAAAGACUCCGCUGUCGUGGGCAGCAUGGAGGGGAUAUGUUGCGAUAGUCAAGGCCUUACUUGCUGUUCCUGGAGUUGAGUUAUGCGUUAUGGAUGAUAGUAAUAAAACACCUGUCUCCUUAGCAAUAGAGUCAGGACAUGGUGAGAUCGUGACUCUGUUGACUGAGAGGGCAAGGCUUGGACAAACAUCUCUAGGGGUAUCGAUUUAA